GCCUUUGCACAAUUUGAUGCUGAAGGAGAUGGCACCGUAGAUGUGGAGAAUAUGCUGGAGGCUCUCAAGAAUUCCAGUGGAGCUAAUCUUCAAGGGGAGCUUAGCCAUGUAAUCAGGCAACUGCAAGCUUGUUCACUAGUUCCAGGUUUUAUUGAUAUAUUUUCCGAAUCAAAAGAGCGUCUUGGUCUUCAUGCUUCAAUGAUACUGAGAUUCUUGCACCGCAAUCGGAUUUCUAGUACUGCCAUCCCUUACCCAGUGUUGGAGUACUUCAACAAUAUCUGUACUAUGCGGUCUUCUGUAUUGAAGGAUUCUUUAGAUCGACUUCUCCUAAAAGAGAGAGAAUACCCCAGUGACUUGAAUGGUAAUCAGGAGUCGGACAAACUGAAGUCUGUCACAAAGUGCUAUACUCACAUAGAAACCUCAUCCAAUUCCGCCGAUAUUGACAAGAUGACAAAUGGAGAAACUACAUCCUUCUGGCAGUCGGAUGGGAGUGCUCGCUCACAUUGGAUACGUUUAAAGAUGAAACCAGAUGUGGUUUUGAGACAUCUGUCCAUUGCGGUGGCAGCUACUGACCAGAGUUACAUGCCACAGCAAGUUACAGUGGCAGUGGGAAGGAAUGCCAGCAGUCUUCAGGAGGUCCGAGAUGUUCACAUUCCAAGCAAUAUCACUGGCUACGUAACACUGUUGGAAAACGCUAACAUUAGUCAGAUGUAUGUACAGAUAAACAUCAAGCGUUGCCUUAGUGAUGGAUGUGACACUAGAAUCCAUGGACUCAGGGCUGUUGGUUAUCAAAGAGUUAAGAAGGUGGGCGUCUCCGUAUGCGAUGCUUCGGCUAUCUGGUACUGGUCUCUCCUGACCUCUCUGGUAACAGCUUCCAUGGAAACAAAUCCAGCAUUCGUUCACACUAUUUUACAAAAUACUCAGAAAGCGCUGCAACACAUGCCACCUCUAUCCCUAACACCAGGCUCUACAGAUUUUUCAAGCUUCUUAUCUCCAAAUGUUUUGGAAGAAGUAGAUAGCUUCCUUAUAAGAAUAACAAGUUGUUGUACUACUCCAGAGGUUGAACUUACACUCUUGGCCUUUGCCUUAGCCAGGGGGAGUGUCGCUAAAGUGAUAAGUUCCCUUUGUACGAUCACUGAUCAUCUGGACACUCCGUACAAGGCUUCAUCCCUUAUCGCUUCCAUGGCAACAGUCAGACAGAACCUGCUGUAUAAAUAUGGAAAACCCUUACGGCUAACUCUGCAAGCAUGUGAUGUAAAGGGAAAAGAAGAUAAAUCAGGGCCUGAAAAUCUCCUUGUAGAGCCAUGGACUGGGGAUGGUUUUCUUACUGAAACUGGGAAAACGAGAGCAAGUAUCAUUCUUUCUACUGGAACUGAAUCUUCAUUUCAGGUGACACAAAUUAGAAUAAAGGUCCGAAGAGGUGCCAUUGGGGCCCAGUGUGGGCUGGUGUUCGCUUACAAUAGUGUUUCGGAAAAGUUCCACGCAGAGGAGCACUUCAAAAGAUUUGAAAGCUAUGACAAAUGGAAGCUGCGGGAAUUCAAACAAUUUUUAAAAAACAGAAGCAUUUGUUCGUGUGAUGAUUUGGGGGAUGAUGAUCCUAUUGGCUGGUUUGAAGUGGAAGAAGAAUGGGAUGAAGUUGAUGUCAAAAUGCAGCAAUGCAGAAUUUCCCAAUACUUGAUGAUAAAGUUCUUGUGCACAAGACAGGACACAGCAGAACGUCUCGGAGUUCAAGGCCUGAAUGUUCUUGGCUAUCUUCGGCCUAUGCGAGAUGAGCCUAAUAGGAGCAUGAACUGCUUGCAGUGCAGGAAAACAGAUGACGAUACAGUUUGUGGCACAACUCUUCUCCUGAAGACGCUUCAUUUCAUCCAGCAGCUGGCGCAGGACCUGGUUCAACAGAAGGAGAGUGGAUUAAAAUACAAGUCAUUUUUAGAUUUCACAGGCCUUGAUUUGCAGCUGUUCUGGAAUUUUUACAAUAAACUUCACCAAAACCCAAGGGAAGAAUGCAUCUUUGCUCAAACACUGCUAUUGCAGCUUCUCCAGAGCUGCUUCUCUGUACUUACUGGAGACAAUAAAACUGCUAAGCCUCAAGAAACUUCUCAGAGCAAAACAUGUGGUCACACAGAAGCUGCAGAAGAGCUUUAUAAACAUUUGUGUGAAGUAGUGGAUAUGGGGGACAGUAACUUCAUGCCAGUGAAAAUGCUAAAAGAGGAAGUUAAGAACACCUUACUCAGUGGAGCAGCAAUCUUUUUCCCAGAUAGACAGACCAGGCGACACCAGCUCUUCACCAUGAUGAAAAACAUCACAGAGCAAGAACAUAAACAAUCUGUACGUCUUGCCUUCAGAUCCUUGUGUACUCACUUCAGUGAUCAAGAUCCAGGUGGACUCUUACUAUUACCAGAGAAAGGAGUUUCUGCAAAUUUUGACAUAAGUGAAGUGCUAUCAGUCAUGGACACCCUUCUGCUAGUGGCAGCAAGAGAGUGUGAAAUGAUGAUGCUGGAUGUUGCACAGCAAGAGAGUGGCACAGUCUUGUCUUCCUUAUUCUGGUCUGUUCAAGGUAGCCUCCUUUCAUGGUGCUACCUGCAACUUAAGAGUAGUGAUAAUUCAGCCAAGGAUCUUGCUGUAGAAAUACUUAAAAACUAUGUGGGCCAGUUCCUGUCAAAUAUCAGAACGAUUUUGCAGUCACUUUUAUCUCAAUAUAGUGGCAAAACAAUAGUAGAAAAAAUAAGUAACUCUGUCUUUGCUAUGGCAACUCGUCAGCUGGUCAUCUUCUUGUUGGAUUUUUGCACUUUAGACAUUCCAUACUGUACUCUGCUACAGGGAUUCAGCACUUUGAUAGAACCACUGAAAAGCCUUUGUAGUGAGCCUCAUAAGAUGGAAAUGGAAAGCUGGCAGCAAGAACAGCCUGUAGUAUUGCGAACGUGGACGAUGGAAUCGCCUCAUAACUACGAAAAUAAUUGCCAUGAGGUCUCAGUCUUCCUAUGUCAUGGGGCAACUUACUUUGAGGUGGAAUUUGAUGAAAAAUGUGAAACUGAAAGGAGGUAUGAUUACCUGGAGUUUACUGAUGCCAGAGGUGCAAAAACUCGUUACGAUACAAAGGUUGGCACUGAGAAGUGGCCUAAGAAAGUGACCUUUAAGGCUGGCCCACGGCUGCAGUUUCUCUUUCACUCUGACAGCAGUAAUAAUGAGUGGGGCUACAAGUUUUCCGUCACUGCUUAUGGCCUACCAGAUGUUGCCGUUUCUUGGGGCUUGGAUUUACAGCUUCUUGUAUCCCGGUUGAUGGGGCGCUUGGCUUCCCGAAGUAUGGCGCUGAAAUCUCUACGAGAACUAGGUAGUGAAGCAGACUUGCCUGCUUUGAAAGUAACAUCAGUUCUUAAUUCUCCUCUGUGGAAACCUGUCUUCAGGCAUCAGAUGUGUCCUGAGGCGCUCCUGGGAGCCAGUCAAAGCAGUAGACUGCACCAAGAUAAAAAAGAGGCUAGGAGCUCUCACCGAGAUGACUGCCGUAACUUUCUUAUCGACUUUGCAAAAUCAGAUCCUGCCCAGGACUUCAGUGGGCAAAAAUCUGAACUUUUCAAAGGACUUAUACAGGCAUGUAAAAAACAGACCCCAAAGACAGAUAUAGUUGCUGGUUCUACUGUUGAUCAAGCUGUGAACUCAACAUUUGCUGCUUUGGUGUAUCUCACUCCAGAUUUAUAUGAGAAGCUUCAAAAAUAUGUCAACAGUGGAGGCAAGGUGCCUUUGAGUGAUGAGUUUGCACAAGUAUAUUCCCUGGCUGAUUCAAUUAGAAUAUGGAUGUUGGAAAUGAAGCAGAAAUCCCUGAUGGGUAGGGGAAAUGAUUCUGAGGAGAAACAGAACACAGAAGCAAGUGAGGUGAACCCAGAAACUCUUGCAAAACUUUGUAUGCAGAAGAGCCUUUUGUUACUGAAUUUUUUGCCUGUAAGAGCAAAGACGAAAGAUUCUGCUUCAGACAGUUUGGAAGCCCAAGAUAUUGAUGAUAUCCAACAGUACGUCAGUGAUAAAUGCCAAAGAAAAGGUUCUGUUGUGGACACGGACUUCCAGCCAGCACACUCAUUGUCUUCCAAUGGAGUAACUCAUCCUGUUUCAAAAGAGGGGGGCCAAAUGACACAAUCUGGUACGAAAAUUAAACAAGUUCCAGACCCCCUCCAAACAGAGGAAGCAUCUGCAUUUCCUAGUAAGCCUGUUGAGAAUACAGUUUCACAGCAAGAAGACAUAGCAUCACCUCCUUCCACUCCUACACGAAAAUCUCCAUUCAGCCGUGGAAGAUUAAGGCUGCUGUCUUUCAGAUCAAUGGAAGAGCCGAGAGCUGUGCCUACUGUGAAGGAGAAAUAUCCUAUAUUGAAAAACACAUUAGACUUUAUUAAGGAUCAGUCACUUUCACAUGAAAGUGUUUUAAAGGUUCUUGCUUUGAGAAAAUCCCAAGGGCAGAGUAUUAUGGAAGUGCUCAAGACAAUCCGCCAGUGCCUAGACUCACUUGGGCAGCCAGACUGUUUUCAUCCUCCAUGUGUACUUUUUCUCUUAGAACUUCUAGCCUGUCAGAAGGAUUUUACAAACUACUUUGGAAACCUGGAAGGCUGUGGUGCUGAGCUACACAGAGAGAUUCGAGAGUCCUACUAUCAGCUUGUUUUGUUCCUGGUAAAUUCUGUGAAGGGAUUUAGUACUAUUAAUGACAGAUCAUUGCUUCCUGCCUUAUCAUGUGUGCAGACAACUCUCCUUCACCUUUUGGAUAUGAGUUGGGAACCAAGCGAUCUUUCCUUCUUUGUUGAGAUUCAGUUACCACAUCUUCUUAUGACUACAUCACAAGAAAACAUAAGUAUUCAUGACAGUGUCAUUUGUCAGUGGAGUGAAGAAGAUGAAAUUGCAGACUACAAGCAAAACUGUGAGUGGAUGGAUGAAUGUCAGGAUGUAAUGUUUGAGACCUGGUAUGAAAAGAUAGCUCAAGCUGACCCAGAGAAGCAGAGAAAGAUGCACAUGUUUGUUGCUCGUUACUGUGACCUGUUAAAUGUGGACAUAUCCUGUGAUGGCUGUGAUGAAAUUGCACCAUGGCAUCGCUACCGCUGUCUGCAAUGCAAUGACAUGGAUCUGUGUAAAACUUGUUUUCUUGGUGGAGUUAAACCCGAAGGACAUGAGGAUGACCAUGAAAUGGUUAACAUGGAGUAUGCCUGUGAUCACUGUCAAGGAGUUAUCAUAGGUCGGAGAAUGAACUGCAACGUGUGUGAUGACUUUGACCUUUGCUAUGGAUGCUAUUCUGCAAAGAAAUACUCUGACAGUCACUUGCCCACUCACAGCAUCACAGUGUAUCCAAUGGUGACUAUUCGCAUCAGUGACCGACAGAGGCUCAUCCAGCCAUAUGUCCACAAUUAUUCCUGGCUGUUGUUUGCAGCUUUGACUCUCUACAGUGCAGAUCUGGCAAAUGGGGAGGAAGUAGAAGGAGAGAAACUAGAUUCACAGGUCCUCAGUCAUGCCAGGGUUCUGCAACAUCAGUGCAUACAGCUCAUUGGAGACUGCUUGAUGAAAGCACAGCACGGAAAAGGUCUGAAAAAUUUAGCUCUCCUCUGCAUGUUACCAGAAGGUGAAUCCUUCUCAGAGAACGACACUGUUUCAGGCAGUCCUCCCACAGAUGGUGCUCCAAAAAGUUGUACUGGUGAUAAAGCAGUGAAGGGAAGAGAUGAGAAACCAAGUGCAGGCUCUUUUAUGCAUUGUAAUGGGAAAGGAGAUGCUCGCAAUGAAAUCCAGUCUCCUGCAGAAGAUAAAGUAGGAAAACAAGGAAGUGAAAGCAAAGCUGUCUUUGCAGAGAAAGCUGUUGUGAGACAAGAGUCAGACUUGUCUGUGGAUGAUAAUGUUUCUCCAACAGCAGAUGACUACCUCUUGGAGGAUUCAGCCCAGAAGCAAGCAGAGAAGGUUUUAAUACCUAGCCAGGAACAAGUUUUUGCUGAAUGCUCUCAGAAGAGGAUUCUAGGAUUGCUGGCAGCUAUGUUACCACCUUUCAAAUCAGGCUCUACAAUGUCUUUGAUUAAUCUGGAACAAAUACUUCCACUGAUGUUUCAGGUUGUAAUCUCAAACGCUGGCCACCUAAAUGAAACUUAUCAUUUAACAUUGGGACUUCUGGGCCAAUUAAUCCUGAGACUUAUGCCUGCAGAAGUAGAUGCUGCAGUGGCUAAAGUCCUUUCAGCCAAACAUAAUUUGUUUGCUGCGGGAGAUGGGUCUACAGUGCCAGAAGGCUGGAAGACAACUCAUCUUCUGUUCAGUCUGGGAGCUGUGUGUUUAGACAGAGCCUUUUUAACAGAAAGUCAGUUAAACCUGCUCCCUGAUCAUGGGAAUGGUUUAGCAUCUGCAGCCCUUGUUGCAUCGUGUACGUUGGCAGAUAUUCUUCGAUCUUUGAACUCUUCUGCGCAGUGGCAUAAUGUGAUCGCUGCUUUCACUGACCAUUGCGUUAAGCAACUGCCCUUCCAGCUAAAGCACACCAAUAUCUUCACUUUAUUGGUGCUGGUUGGGUUUCCUGAGGUGCUGUGUAUGGGGACUCGUUCUGUGUACAUGGAUAAUGCUAAUGAGCCUCAUAACGUGAUCAUCCUGAAGCAUUUCACGGAGAAAAACAGGGCAGUUGUAGUAGACAUCAAAACCCGAAAGAGAAAAACAGUGAAAGACUAUCAGUUGAUUCAGAAAUGUGGACAAGAAGGCAGUGAUUCCCAGACCCAGCUGAGACAGUACCUCCAGCACUUUGUUCUUAUAUCCACUCACCUUCUGCAAACCAGCAUGGACAGCAGCUAUGCUGAGGCAGUGGAAGCAACUUGGGUCUUGUCGCUUGCUCUAAAGGGGCUUUACAGAACACUUAAGAUUCAUGGCUUUAAGGAGAUCCAAGCUGCCUUUCUUCAGUCUGGUUUACUCAAGCUUCUAGUGAAGAAAUGUAGCAAAGGAACUGGCUUCAGUAAGACCUGGCUUCUCAGAGACUUGGAGAUUUUGUCAAUAAUGCUGUAUUCAUCGAAGAAAGAGAUCAGUUCCCUGGCUGAACGGGAAGAUACUGAACUGGAAGAAAGGGAACAAGAUCAAGAUGUGGAGCAACCCAUUGUUGGUCCUGUUGAUUUAGAGCAGAACAAACUUGAUCCUUUGGAGGGUUUGGAUGAAGCCACCAAAAUAUGCUUCUUGAUGACACAUGAUGCACUUAAUGCACCUCUCCAUAUUCUUCGAGCCAUGUACGAGUUGCAAAUGAAAAGAACAGAUUCUUUUUUCCUGGAAGUUCAAAAGAGGUUUGAUGGAGAUGUAAUUACAACAGAUGAGAGGAUCCGAACACUGGCUCAGAAAUGGCAACCCAGCAAGCGUUUGAGGCUGGAGGAGCAGAGUUCAAAAGCAGUAGAUACAGAUAUGAUCAUCUUGCCCUGUUUGUCAAAGCCUGCGCUCUGUGAUAAAGCAACAGAAGAAACCAAUCCGGUCGCCCAGAAACUGAUAACCAACACAGAGAGUGAUCUACAGCUUAGUUAUGCCAAGCAACGUCGCACUAAGAGUUCAAUACUCCUGCACAAGGAGCUGGACUCUAGAAGUAAAAAGGCUGUGAGGGACUACCUGUAUCGCGUAAAUGAGGCAACUGCUGUUCUUUAUGCCAGGCAUGUGCUGGCAUCAUUGUUAGCUGAAUGGCCAGAUGAUGUGGCAAUAAAUGAGGAAAUCCUAGAUCUUAGUGGCCCAGCCCAUAUGACAUACAUACUGGACAUGCUUAUGCAGCUAGAGGAAAAGCAGUUAUGGGAAAAAAUUCUACAGAAAGUACUGCAUGGAUGCAAUGAGAGCAUGCUAGGAACAAUGGCAUUGACAGCUUGCCAGUUCAUGGAGGAACCCGGAAUGGCAGUCCAGAUGCGUGAAUCUAAACAUCCUUAUAACAACAAUACUAAUUUUGAGGAUAAAGUUCACAUUCCCGGUGCUAUCUACCUCUCAAUCAAAUUUGACUCUCAGUGUAACACAGAAGAAGGCUGUGAUGAGUUGCUCAUGUCCAGCAGCAGUGAUUUCCAGCAGGAUCGGCACAGCUUCAGUGGGUCUCCGCAGAAAUGGAAUGAUUUUGAGCUUCCAGGAGACACGCUCUAUUACCGAUUUACUUCUGACAUGAGUAACACUGAGUGGGGUUAUAAGUUUACAGUGACAGCAGGUCAUCUUGGAAGGUUUCAGACAGGGUUUGAAAUUCUAAAGCAGAUGCUGUCUGAGGAAAGGGUAAUUCCUCACCUCCCACUGGCCAAAAUCUGGGAAUGGCAGGUCGGGGUAGCGUGCCGUCAGACUGGUCACCAGCGUUUGAAGGCUAUCCACUUGCUCUUAAAGAUAGUGCAGUGCAGCACCCAGAGGGACUGUGACCUCACCUUGUUGAAGCCACUUUGGCAGCUUUUCACCCAUAUGGAAAACAACUUGUGUCAUGACAUGACCAAGCCUGGCAUUCUCCUUCCUCUUCAUCGUGCACUUGCAGAACUCUUCUUUGUUACAGAAAACAGAGUUACUGAGCUUGGAUCUCUACAGGAGUAUUUGCUUGCCUUAAAUACUGAAGAUCAUCUUCAUCGCUGUACAGCACAGGCCCUGAAAAACAUUGCUGCUAUCAGCCUUGCCAUUAACUAUCCGAACAAAUCAACAAGUUUCUGGAAUGUUUAAUACUGGCUCAGGCCGGAGUGCAUGGGAUAGAGUAGUUUGUCCAUAGGACAUUGGAACAAACAUCUUAAUUCCGUUCAGGAAAAGUUCCUUCAGCUUCAGUGUACGAGCACUCUGCAGCCUUCCUUCCUUCCACCUUGAUGUAGAAUUUGUAAAAGUAAAAGCGCACUUCAAUGAAAAAGCACAUCUUGAAGUAACUCACGCGUCGCCUACAGUUAUGUAUGCACAUAUUGUAGCAUGUUAGAGUAAACAGAACAAUAUUUUUUUUUAUUCAGAGGAAGUAAUCGAAAGAAGGUAGCUGAACUAUGAGAAUGGAAGGCCCCUGCGUUGGUAUCGUCUGCUCCCAAGGAAACUUGAUUGAUGGAACGUGACUGCUGAACUCAGAGUGAUGCCGUCAGCAGCAUCUAUUAUAUAUCAUUGAAGUGAAAUAGGCAAACCAGAAUCUGGUGGGCUGAUGCAGAAAUGGUCCACUCUUGAAUCCUGCCAUGUUUGCUUUUGCUUUGAAGGCUACUACCCAAGGAAAAGAACUUUAAUUCUUACUAAACUACAGGUUGUAAAACAAAUUCUGGGUGAUUCACAUAGCAGUUAAAGGAUUCCAGUUUCAGAGCAUACUCGUGCAAGA